GGGAGAUCAAAUGUUGGACGGCGAUCGGUAAAGUCGCUCGAUAAGUUGGCUGAAAGGAACCUUCGAACCGGGGGAUCAAUUGACUGUGAUUUGGUGUUUUUAUUGGGGGUGGAAAUGAAAUACGGAAGCCGCUUGCGCGCCGGGGCGCCAUUGAUCCUGGCAGUGCUGCUGAUGUCGCCAUCGGUGACGGGUGUCAAACACGUCGACAUCUUUCAGCAAUUUCAAGAUGGCAGCUACGACGAACAGCAGAAUCGACCUGCUUCGGGUGAUUCCGGGGAGCUCGACUCGGAAGGGACCGUCCGCACGGAACAACCGACGAGUUGCGUGGAGGAUGUCCUCCCCACGGAUCCGCUGGAGCUGCACGAGAAGCUCGAGGAGGAAACGGAACCACCGAAGACGUCCGUUCGACAUCUGGCCGCCCCGGACCUGGUGGCGAUGUUUGGGCGACUGUCUACUGGGUUCAUCAGUGCCAAUCCGUUCCGGAUCGGGGAGAGCGUACGCAUGGCGCUCGGUGGGAUACGGGACAGUGUCCACGCGUACGUUAACGACACCGUGACGAAGUUCGAACACCUACGAUACCGCAUGAUGACCGCCGUCCGCCAGAAGGUGGACCAACUGAACGAACGCAUCCGAGCCCACUGGGAGUCCGAGUUCGUGGAGUACCGAGACGUUUGUCUGCCGGACGAGAGCAAGUGCAUGAAGCUACUGCACGCCCAGAUCGAACAGUACGAGCACCGGUUGCGGGCGAACGUGGACGAGUGCCACGAUCGGCUGGCGGAGGAGUUGGCCAACCAGCGCCACCAGGUGGACGAGGCACGGCGAAAGAUGGAUGGACCGUACCGGAAGAUGGGCAAGUGUCUCGAUCGAGACGCGGGCCUAGGUCGGAGCUUCUUGGCCUGCACCGGGAGUGCCAUGUCGAAUGUGGCCCGGUUGGCAACCGACGCGCUACGAUCGUUCGCGACCACCAUGGGCAGGAUGUCGGGCGCCCUCGAGCAACGCGUAGACAAGUUCGACAAGUGCGUUGUCCAGCGGCACCGAUUGCUGCAGCAGAACGAACGGCAAGUGUCCACCUCGGUGAAGAGUUGCUUCGAGAAGCAGCAAUCCGUACCGGAAGACUUCUUCUAAUUCUAGGCAACGGUGUUCGGUAGCUGCCACUCCUGUGUUAUCUUUUCAAUUUCCUCGGAACCUAGGGCAGUUGUUAAUAAAGCACAAACACCCAAAUAAAUCUUCU